GGCAAAAGGCUUGAAGAAGCGACGGGCGCGAGUGGGCGUGAGGGACGCGUCGGGCGUGAUGUGGGCGUGAUGGCAGGUGUCAUGUGUGGGUUUUCGUGCCAAAAUGAAAUGUACGUAUAGGCUAGUGGUCGUGCUGGGAGGCAUAUUAGGCCUCUUGUUGAUGCUGGGAUUCAGUGGAGAUGUCACAAGAAUGCUCAGGUCAGAGGUCACGCCUGGCUGCGCUGACCUCGUCUCCUCCCAACCCAAGGCGCCCUCGGACACGGACAUGCCAAGCACCAAGCCACGAGCAACCACGCUGGUCAACGAAAUCGACAAGGCUGCCGUAACGCAUCGUGUGAUCCCAACAGCGGGGUCAGCCUCCCAAGCGCGGCCCCUCGAAGGCCAAAAUCGCAUCCGUAGACCAGACGCCGUUGCAGGGAAUGGCGAGGGAAAGAUGGUUCUUGCUGUGGUUUGCUGCGGGAACCGUAUAAAUGAGACCCAGAUAAUGCUGAAGUCUGCGGCAGCUCUCUCCCACUCCCCCCUGACAAUGAUUGUGUUCACUGAGGAUGAACUGAAACCUGUUUUCAAGCAAAUGUACAUUUCAUGGCCAGUGAGUGUUCAAAAGAGGAUAACACUUGACCUCCACAGCAUCACCUUCCCCCCAGGCCAGGAUGCAAAAGCCUGGAGGAAACUCUUCAAGCCAUGUGCAUCACAGAGGCUCUUCAUGCCAUCCUUGUUAAAGGAUGUGGAUGCACUGGUGUAUGUAGACACAGAUGUGAUGUUCCUUGCACCUUUAGAAGAGCUUUGGAAACACUUUAGUGCCAUGAAUUCAUCACACAUGGCAGCAAUGGCUCCAGAACAUGAAGAUUUAGCCACUGGCUGGUAUAACCGGUUUGCCAAGCAUCCCUACUAUGGUAGAUUAGGUGUGAACUCGGGAGUAAUGCUGAUGAACCUUACAAGACUCCGAAAAUUUGGGUGGGAGGAGUAUGUUGUUCCAAUCUACAAGCACUACAAGCUGGCUAUAACAUGGGGUGACCAAGACAUCAUUAAUAUUAUCUUUCACUAUCAUUCAGACAAGCUUUAUGUUUAUGGCUGUGAGUACAACCUUCGACCAGAUCAUUGUAUGUACAUGAGUGUAUGCAAAGCAGCUGAGAAGCAUGGAGUUUUUGUCCUGCAUGGAAACAGAGGAACUUUUCAUAGUGACAAACAACCAGCUUUUCGAGCAGUGUAUCGUGCAUGGGAGGAGUAUAAACUUGGUGAUGAUCUGAGGCAGAACCUAUACUACCCAAUGCAGCGUUAUCUCAUCAAAACCACCAACACAAACUGCGGGAAGAUCCACAGUGCUUACCUAAAGGCACUGGGGUCUCUUGUGAGGCUUAGAUGACAGGGGUGAAUGUAGUUUCUACUUUUUUAUAUAGUUUUGCUAUGUUGCCUUUAUCUUUCUAUCUUUGAUCUUGAAUAUAUUUUGAUGGGCAGCUUACAGAAAUUAUUAGAUAUAUUAUUAUUACCUGUUGAUCAGGACUCCAAAAUAUUUUGUACAGUAAAAGAAAAUACAUUUUUCUUCUCUUUCUUUUAUAUAGGUUUACUUUUUAAGUUGGUACCAAAGCCAUGGUUGGAGUGAUUUUUUUGCAGCUUCUUUCAAUUACUGCAGCUGAUCUUAAGUCAUAUCUAAAACAUCAAAAGUAAGAAAAUGAGGUGUUGAUCUUUAUUUAUAGUUCAUAAGCAAAUAUGUAUAUAUAUACAAUAAGGAAGAGAUUUCUUUACUAAGGAGAGAUAUUAUGUUGUGUACUAAUUAAUCAUGUUUCAAGGUAAUCUGCUCUAGAAUGAAUGAUCUUUCAUUUGAAAUGUCUUAGUACUUUUCAAAAUAUCUUCCAAUUGAUACAGGAGAGACCUUUAUUUCAAAGAAUUGCAAUAUCUUUAAGGUAUACAAUAUCUUUAAGGCAUAUCUUAGCAAAUAUACUGUAACAAAUGAUUUCCACAUAUAGAACCACAGAAAAUAUGAGAACUCUCAGGCCUUUUCCACAUAGUGGUUUGUGUCCAUAGUGGUUUGUGUCCAUAGUGGUUUGUGUCCAUAGUGGUUUGUGUUUACCGGACUACCAAAUGCUCCAAUAUAUUAGACUGUAUAAAUCAUUGUUGCUGUAUGGGACACGAUAAGAGAGAUUGACGAGUUGCUUAACCCAAUGACGCCGGAUGUACAAAACAAAAAAAAAAACCCUACGUUCUAGCAAACAAAGGCGGCGUGCCGACUUUGAGCGCGUGAGUAGCGGACAUCAGCCUGAAUCACUGGCUCGCCGCCGCGGCGUACAACUGCACGCCAGCUUUUGAGCAGUUUGUUUUCAUGCCGAUCGGUGUCACCCAGCACCAAGGGGUUAAUUAUGGUCAGCAUUUUUUUUCUUUAUUUCUUUUGACACCUUAUUACCAUAGUGCAGAGUAAGUUGCAAGGACCCUAUUUAGCUACAGAAGGCUUGCAUUCUUACCUUGAGGGAGCCUGUGGAUAUUUGUGAGCAUGCAGGGGAGCAUAUAAUAAGCUUAAUUAUAUAUCCAAAAGCCAAGAAUAAGCAUCAAGGUAAAAUUUCACUCCAUACAGAUUUAACCCACCUGUUGACAGGUUGGUAAGAAUACAUGCCAUAUCCAGUGUGUCAUCUUGUUUGAUUAUUGUUUUUACAGGUAGAUGAUUCUAAAGGUGCUUUAUCACCAAACAAUCAAUCACAAGUUAACCCAGAUCACUUGUUUACCCUAUUCCUGACAACUCAAACAAAGAGGAUUUCAGCUAAAGGCAAAUAGGUUCAGUAAUUGGACUUGUAUGAUUACCCAGAACCAUUGAGUUAUGUAUAGUGUGGAUUUCUGAAUGCUUCUCUGGUGAUAAGCCGUAGCUGAAGACCUUUUAGGGCACCCUGGUACAGAUUAUAGGCUGAGGUUCAUUUGAGGCAUAUUCUGGUUUGAAAAUAUUCUCAAAAUCACUGGUUUGCUCUUUAUGGCAUAGUCACAAAUAUCCUUCAUCAUUAUUCCCCCAGGCAAAAAAUCCAUGAUUUUUACUUUGGUUUGGGCUGAAAACAGUAACAAAGAGUCAUGAGUGUAAAAAAAGCUGAUGUUAAAGUCUCAUGCUGCACACUAUUGCAUACAAUUGCAUUUCAAGAUGUGAGCAUAUGGUUGGCUAAUAAAUGUGGAAAGUAAAUGGAUAUCAACCACUCAGUGGAAGGCUCAAGAUUCCUCAGACUUUUCCCAGGUACUGGAGGUCCCUAGUGUGAAUCUUAAAGAUUGCUAUGGAAAUCCAAUGCAAUUUGUGAAUAAACUGAUGAUGCCUUACCAAAGGGUUGAGUUGAAUGUUUGCGAAGAAGGCUUAGCAGGUUGUUUAAUUUUUACUAUACAGUUUCAUAUUACUUUUUGCCAUUUGCUAUUGUGAAUAUUAUCUGAUAAUUUGAUGUGUAUGCACAUGUGUGACCCCAAUCACUGUAAGUCGUCAGGUGAUUACAGAACUUAUAGUAGAACCUCGCAUUGCAAUUUUCCAUAGUGUCAGACCAAAUCUCUCAUGUGUAAACAAAGGACACAGUUUAGUCUGUCACUAAUUGUGUCUUGCAUGUAAUGGAUUCAUCUGUUGUAUUGGAUUUCAUUUUAUUUCUGAAAAAAAACUCUUAAAGGCCAGUAAAGUUAAAGGAUAUUUAGGUAUGCCUAACAGUUUGAAGGAAUUAGAUUUUGUCAAUGUUCCCAGUCUUCCAUUUUUCACUUUUCUUCCGAUUUGAUUUUGGUUAACUUUUUUGGUAUUUGCAAGUUAUGUAAUUGUUUGGUAAAAUGAAGUUUAUGUUCAGAAUUCCAAGACAAGGUUGAAUCAGUUUUCAAGGGAACAGUGUUAAUUACAUCAUUCAAACCUCCUACAUUGUGUAUUUUAUAUAGGUGUUUAUAUCUACACAUCCACUUGAGAAAGAAACUAGACUGGUGGUACUAUUUCUGUUUCUAGGGAAACUCAUUACAAGUAGUAUUUUUAAUAGUCUGAGGUGGUAAACUUCAAGCUAGUCCACUUUUAUCCAAGUAAUUUGAAGAUGUGUCACAGACAUUUUGAAAAGCCAGAUACAGGGACAGGAUAGUUUAUGCUAAGGUAAUGAAUAUAUAUGAUAAGGUAAUUUUAAAAAUGCUUUAAGUCCCAGAAACUGGAAUUUGUUAAAGUCCUUAAUCUUUGUUUUCCUUUUAUUAUUAUUAUUAUUUUUUUAAUUUUUGGGACAGGCUAUUCAUAAGUCAGGAAUAAAGAAAUAUAGAUCAGUUUGUUAACAUAAUAUCACACAUGUAUAUUUAUUUUUCAUUUAUUGAUUGUUCCUCACAGUGUGUUUAGAAAGUCUGAUGUCCGGCAAAUAUAGAAUCAAGAACAUGAGGUUUGUUUCAGAUGGAGAAAUAUUGAAAAGCAGGUGUAUUAUAUGACACAAUUCAAGAUGACACAUUUAUAUUUAUAAACUAAAACUUUCAUUUUAACGAGUAAAUAUAGAAUCAUAUAGGAUUGGAAAUUCAGUUAUAAUAAUGAUCUUUUUGUCUAUAUGUUUUGGCAGGCAUUAGUUUUUUUUCUUACUAUUAUGCAGCUAUGAAGAUCCUUUAGGAAAUUAAUCACCACUGUAAUCAGUCAUCAUUGUAAUCAACCCACUGCUGCCUUAUACGUGCAAGUCCACUGUAGUUUUGUUUCGUUAGUUUUGUUUACACAUAGGUGACUCCACAAAUGCUCAAUUACUAAGGAGUCAUUUAGAGGGUCAAUGUGACCUUACCUGGCUUCCCCAUUUCUUGAUUUUUUGUGAAAGGUGUCUCUAAUGCUAUUAAUAUAGAUACUGUUAUUAUUAUUACUAUGAACAUUAUAAUUGUAUAAUGCUGUUGAAAUAGCAAUAAAAGAUGAAAGAGUGAAAUGAUAAUGCCAACAAAAGAUAAAAUACAAUCUUGCCAAAUAUCAGGGAAAAGAGAAAUCAGGUGCAGUAGUAGGACUUAUAAUUGGCUUCUUGGUGACCAUGCUCUUGUGGCGCCAUCUCUUUGUAAACAAUUAGUAAACUAAAAAUACUGCGGACAUGGCAUGUACGUACAUUCCAUCCCUGGCAGCAUUGGCUAACCCGAGCUUCUAGUUAUAUUGUGUAAUUUAGUAGAGUUCAUUUAAAUCUCAGUUAUGAGUUCUGUAAAUAAAAAAGUGCUAAUAAUUGUGUCAUCAUCUGAGCACAUACAGCUCUGAAACAGAUGGAUGCAUGGAUGUAGACUUUACAAGAAUGGUAACUAUUUGUGGAGGUAUUUGAAAAAUCCUCUACAUAUUUAGGUCAAAUUAUUUAGUUAAAAAAAAGUUAGAUAUCAUUAUUAUUGAUAUAGAACAUCAUAAUGCCAUACAUUGUGCAAUAGUAUAGAAAAACAGUUGUUUUGAUUACUUGAAUGUAGAAAUUAUUAGUAAUUAUUUUAUUGGAUAUGUGCUUCCAUAGUUCCUUAUUGAGUGUGCCAUAAUGUUUUUGGAUUUUUUUGCAAAGUAUAUUAUUUUAUAUAUAGUAACUGUUUAUUUGUUUUAGAUUGUUCUUUUUUUCAAAUAUUAUUCUUUAUCAAGUUUCAAGAAAUGAAUACUGAUGUGGAUAGGUAUUCAUUUAAAUGAAUUUAUCCUCGUGUGGGAGAGCAGCUUUAGUAGUAUAUUUGUAUUAUAAUAAGAUUUUGUGAGAAUGGAGAAGAGUAAUUUUAGCCUGCUGGAGAUACCUCUUCAUAUAAUCCUUGGGCUGAUUUCAUCCUGCAUGCAGGCAUCUACACAUUUCAGCUUGUGGGUGUAUGUAACUGGUGAACACCAUGAAUGGCAUCUUGCUUCAUCUGUAGAUGUUAUCGAAGAGGGUUAAUACUGACAUCUACCCUCUUUCAGCUAAGAAUUUGACACAAAGAGAAAUUUUAUGACAAUAUUUGUAUAAUUCAGUGUCACAUUUGAACUUGUAUUCAGACAUCUACACACCUUGACUCAUGUGCAUAAUAGACAGACACUGUAAAUGUGUUGGUACAUACAUGUAGGAUGGAAUCAAACGGUCCAUUAUAUGAACACCUUGUCAGAAUUUCUUUUUAGUGAUAUCUCCAACAUCCAUUAGUAUGUACAGGAUUUUACUUUCAUAUGAUUUAUUAUUAAUAUUAUCAUCAUUGUUUUUAUUACUGUUAGUUUUAGUAUUUAUCAGAUAGUAAGUGUCAUAUGAUUAAAAAUUAUUAUCUAAUGUAUUCCUUACAUUACAUUUUAUGAAUUCAUUAUAUUAACAUUUAGUAAUAAUUAUGUGAGUUAUUACAGUAGUAUGUAAUGUUAUAUUUUCAUGUUUCAUAUUUGUAGAAUUCACUGAAUUGUAAAUGGGUAUCAUUAUAAUUAUUGUUGCAAAUUAACACUUAUGGAUAAUGCAAGGCUUUUAUUCCAAAUUGCAUCUUAAUUUUAUACUUGAUUAUGAUUUUUCAUAUCCAUUUUUUUUUUAUUGUUAUUACAAAGUGAUUUGGAUUUUUUACCUAAACAGAUAUGAAAUAAGUUUGUAUUACUCAAACAGCAUUCCAUUCAAGCUGGCCUUGGCUGGAACUUUUGUUAAAUCAGUUUUAUUUCUUGCAUGUCCAUUUUCUAAGGGAACUUUAUUGUUUAUUACAUCAAAGGUACACAUAAAAACUGGUAGCACCACUCCUUUUACCUAUUAAAACCAAAAAUAAAAUUGACUAUUCUUUUGAAUAUUCUGAUGGCUGUUUAUGGUAUCGAACACUUUGUUAUUAUAAAUAUAAGAGUGGAGUUUUAAACUUUUAGUAAUUAUAACAAUAUUGAGUAAUUUGUCUAAAUAAUUAUGUAUCAUGUUAUACCUGAUGUCUUAUGGUGCACCCUCAUUGGGUAAAUGCGUUGUCAUUAGCUCAGCCUCUUUUUUGCCCUGUUUGGUUUGUGCAAUAUUUCUUCAGUGUCUUUUCUUUAAAAUAGUUCAGUAAUGAGUGUU